AUGACAAGAGCUACGCGAGGCUCUGCACGAAUUGCGACGGCGGCAUCUUUGAAAGAUGUGAAAGAUGAAUCAGUGCAGCUUUCCAUCCCUCCAUCAAGCCCACCGGAAAUGCCCAGACCUACCAAGUCGCGUAAGAGGAAGGCCGUCAAAGAAGAGGAAGUGUCGCCAGAGGAAGCGCCAGCGAAACCCAAGAGCGCCAAACUAGUGAAGAAAGUGAAGAAAGAGGGAGACGUCAACGAUUUGCCACAUAAUCUUGGUGCCAUCCCUGAUCUUGCGCCUGUAAAAGGAGAUGGAGCACUAUCCGCGAUCAAGGUUAAGAAAGUAGCUAAGGUGAAGAAGGCCACCAAAGCGAGGGAAAAAAACAUCGAUGACCUGGAAGGGAAAGCCACAACAACGAACGAGACGUCGCCUAAGAAGAAGGCCAGCUACGGACUGACACCAGGACAAACGCCGUACCCAAACUACCCGCAUCCAACGGCCGAGGAGUGCGAGGAAGUGAAUCGCAUCCUAUCGAAAGUCCAUGGCGAAGUCACAAUGCCUAAGGAGAUCCCACUGCCAUCUCUCGAAGUCUCCGGCUGCGGUGAAGUACCCUCCGUCCUCGACGCGCUAAUCCGCACACGUUUGUCCGCCGCAACAUCCGGCACAAACUCCUCCCGCGCCUUCGCCGGUCUUGUCCAGCGCUUUGGUGUUGUGCAAUCUGGCAUCGGCAAAGGCAGCGUAGAUUGGAACGCCGUGCGCAAAGCCGAUGUUAAAGAGAUCUUCGAAGCCAUCAAAUCCGGUGGCCUCGCAGACGUGAAAAGCAAAGACAUCAAGAAAAUCCUACAGAUGGUAUGGGAGGAGAACCAGGCACGGCGCGAUGCCCUCAAAUCCACGAAAACCGAAGCAGAAGGCGAAACCAACGAAGCAGCGGAAGAGAAGGGCAGAGAGAUGCAGAAAGCGGACGAAGACAUUGUCUCUCUCGAUCACUUGCACUUGCUCUCCAAUGACGACGCCUUUGCCCACCUAACUUCCUAUCCCGGCAUCGGCCCCAAAACCGCAUCAUGCGUGCUCCUCUUCUGCCUACAACGCCCAAGCUUUGCAGUAGACACACACGUAUUCCGGCUCUGUAAGUGGCUGGACUGGGUCCCUCCGCCAGGCGACGAGCGCGGAUUAGCACCGGGCGCAAAAGGACCCUUCGCUGGCCCCACACGAAACUCCACAUACGCACACUGCGAGGUCAGGGUACCAGACCACUUGAAAUAUCCGCUGCACCAGCUGCUCAUCAAGCAUGGAAAGAACUGUCCACGGUGCAGGGCAAUUACGGGAGAGAGCAGUGAGGGGUGGGACAAGGGGUGUCCGAUUGAUCAUCUUGUACAGAGAAGUGGAGGACGGAAGGGCGACGGGGGAAGUCCUGUAAAGGCGAACAGCAAGGCUGGGAACGUGAAGAAAACGAAGAAGGGGAAGAAGGUGGUAGAGAGCGAGGAUGAGAGUGAGGCUGAGGUUAGUGAGUUAAGCGACGCGGAGAGUAGUGUUUUGAGUGAUCUUGUGAGCGAUGCGGAGAUUGAGGCUUCGAAUGAUGAGGCGUCUACUUCUGAGUAG